CACACCACUAAUUCCUUCCACCACUCUCUCCUCUCUCACUUUCCCACUCUAACAUACGCCCCCUGGCUUAUUUUAGCACCAUGCUAACGUACGCUGGUGGUGAAAACAACUCCAACUUUCUUGAAGCUUGUACCCUGUGCUCAAAACCACUUGGUCACAACACUGACAUAUACAUGUACAGAGGGAAUAAUCCAUUUUGUAGCCAAGAGUGUAGGCAAGAACAAAUAGAGAUUGAUGAGGCAAGAGAGAGGAGAUGGAAAGUUGCUAAGAAAUCAAAUGAAAAAACCAAAAAAAAUAAUGUGCGGACAGGAACUGUUGUUGUAGCUUAGCAAGGAAUUAUAAAAAAAAAAGUAUUAUUAUGUAAUUAAAUUAAAUUAAAUUAAAAACCCUUUCUGAAAUCAAGAAAUAUGAUGGAGGGGUUGUUAAGAAAUUUGGCUUUGACUUGUGGUGGUGGUGAUUGUGAUGAUGGUGGAGGAGAAAGGGUCAACUUUGAGAACAAUUUUGGAUGUUGAAAUGAUUGAAAUCUAUAUAGUACAACUUUUAAUGCAUAAGGUACAACUUAUUGAA